CAGCCCUGCCCACCAGCCAGCCAGGCAGGGACGGAGCAGGGCCCUGGGGGUAACCCCUCAGGGACGCUUCCCUGGCCCUGCAGCGGCGCUCACUCCCAUGGCAUUUGCUCUCUCCCCUCCAGCCUGCAUGCUGUGUCACCGGGCUGCGGCCGACCCAGACGUCUGUGGGCACAAACUGGAGGCAGGCGGGCUCUGUGCCCAUGAGUUCUGCCUGGUGAGUUCCCCCAGGGCUCCCUCCAGCUUUCUGCCAGGUGUAGAGGAAGUCGGACUCAGGGGAUUUCUCCCUGAGGAUAUUCGACAUACAAUCAACCGGGCAGCACAACAGCACUGCUUCAUCUGUGGGGACAGCGGGGCCACCAUCACCUGCUGGGAAACAGGCUGUGACCGCAGUUUUCAUCUGCCCUGUGCCACGCAGGGUGAAUGUGUCACUCAGUUCCUUUUUCAGUACAGGUCCUUCUGCUGGGAACACAGCACCAAGCAGACCGUGGAGGCAGCUCCAGAGGAUGAUACCACCUGCCUCAUUUGUCUGGACCUUGUGGGGGACAGAAGGUCCUACAGCGUCAUGGUGUGUCCAGCAUGCAAACACGCCUGGUUUCACAGGGGCUGUAUCCAGGUAGGAGCCAUUCCCUUGCCUCAGGACACAGCAGGCGCUCAGCAGCAGCAGGUCUCACUCCCACUCCUUGUGCUUCUCCUGCAGGGACAGGCUGUGCGUGAUGGCAUCUCUCGUUUCCAGUGCCCACUUUGCAGAGACAGGGAUGCAUUUCUCUCAGAAAUGCUCACCAUGGGGAUCCGAAUCCCCUUCAGAUUGCCAUCGUGGGACAGCCUGGAAUAUGGAGCACUAAGCGAGAGGCACAGCCGGUGUGAUGCGACUGAAUGCCUUUGUCCUGGAGGCAGGGGGCAGGGAGAUGAAGAGGGGCCUUGGCAACUUCUCCUGUGCUGCUCUUGUGCUUCUGAAGGUAUCCACAGAGGCUGCUCCUAUUUGUGGAACAGCACGUCCAGCUGGGAGUGUGACAUCUGUGCUGGCCUGGGCACUGGUGAGAGGCAAAGCAUCCAGGGCCCCUGGCCUGGGGCCAGGCAAGGCCUGGCAGCAGGUGCUGUGGGUGGGCUUGGAAGAGCCUCUGUGCUCCAGGAGGGCUGGGGGCACUGCCCUGGCCUCUCC